AUGGGACAGGGUCAGAGUGGCAUUGGCGAUAGAAAGAACAAAGGCAAGAAGAAUGAAAAGCCUAAACCCAAGUAUGAACCCCCUGUUCACACGCGGUCUCUGAGAAAGAAGAAGAAGGGCCCCGACAGUGCGCAGAAGCUCCCAAGUGUGUAUCCGGCCACGCGGUGUCGGUUGAAACUUCUCAAACUUGAGCGAAUCAAGGAUCAUUUGCUGCUGGAGGAGGAGUUUGUUCAAAAUCAGGAGCGCCUGAGGCCUACUGAAGACAAAAUUGCCGACGAGCGCCAAAAGGUGGACGAAAUGCGCGGUUCACCCAUGACGGUAGGCACUCUCGAGGAGCUGGUCGACGACGACCAUGCUAUUGUGUCCACCUCCACUGGGCCCGAGUACUAUGUUAGUAUUCGCUCGUUUGUCGACAAGGACCCGCUAGAGCCUGGAUGUACGGUUCUGCUUCAUCAGAAAUCCGUGUCGGUCGUGGGCACUCUCCAAGACGACGCAGACCCAAUGGUGUCGGUUAUGAAGAUCGACAAGGCUCCUACCGAAAGCUACUCUGAUAUUGGUGGACUGGAGCAGCAAAUCCAAGAAAUCAAAGAGGCAGUCGAGCUGCCACUAACUCACCCAGAGCUGUACGAGGAGAUGGGUAUCAAGCCGCCAAAGGGUGUUAUUCUGUAUGGUGCACCCGGUACCGGAAAGACUUUGCUAGCCAAGGCAGUAGCAAACCAAACGUCUGCGUCAUUUUUGCGCAUUGUGGGCUCUGAACUUAUUCAAAAGUAUCUCGGUGAUGGCCCUCGGCUGUGCAGGCAGAUUUUCCAGAUUGCUGGCGAAAACGCCCCUAGCAUUGUGUUCAUUGACGAGAUUGAUGCCAUCGGAUCCAAACGCUACGAGUCGACGUCCGGCGGUGAGCGGGAGAUCCAGCGGACAAUGCUGGAGCUGCUGAACCAACUGGAUGGAUUCGACGAUCGCGGCGACGUCAAGGUCAUCAUGGCGACGAACAAAAUGGAGAGUCUGGACCCGGCGCUGAUUCGACCAGGACGUAUUGACCGCAAGAUUCUGUUCGAAAACCCGGAUUCAGUGACCAAGCGCAAGAUUCUGUCUAUCCACACCUCGAAAAUGUCACUGGCCGAGGACGUGGAUCUGGAUGAGAUUGUCACCUCUAAAGACGAUCUAUCUGGUGCCGAUAUCAAGGCGAUCUGCACCGAGGCUGGUCUCCUCGCGCUGCGUGAACGCCGUAUGAAGGUUACCGCCCAGGACUUUAGCUCGGCUAAAGAGCGGGUGAUGAAAAACAAGAUUGAAGAGAACCUCGAGGGUCUUUAUUUGUGA